GCCUCCGCAUGCGGCAGCGCAGUUAGGGAGAUGCUGCAGGACAAGGGCCUGUCGGAGAGCGAGGAGGCCUUCCGGGCCCCGGGCGGCUCUCGCUCUCUGCUUUUCGGGCCCUUCUCCGCUUUGAACUCUCGGGGCUAUUGCGGGACAGGCGAGGGGCAGAGGUGGGAAGAGAGGGAGCGGGAGAGAGAAGAGAGGCCCCCGCGGCAGCAGAGCAGCCCGGGCCAAGUGUCCAGCUCCGACGGCUUGGCGAGGGCGGGGGCGCAAGCCCGGGACCGGCGGGAAGAGCCGACCCCGCCGGGUGCGCACGGAGCCGCUGCGGGGCACGGAGGCUCCGGUGCCGUUGCCGAGAGGCUUCGCGGUGAUACGCCGAAGAGCACAAGGCGCGGGAUCCGGCCGGCGACCGUCUGUGCGCACCGCCCGCGGGUGCGCGCCUGGUUAGGCUGUGCGUGCGCCUCUGCCCGCGUCUGCCCUAGGCCUGUGCCGGUGGCCCGUCACAGAAAUGUCUAUGCAUGGGCUCCGGGGCUGUCGCGCUCCUCACGGCUCUUCGGGUCUGCGCUCUUCGCUCCUCGGGCUCCGCGUGGAGCCGCGGGCCCGGCAGACACGAGCCCCCCUCCCUCCCGUCCCCAGACCAUCGAGAACAUCAAGGUGGGCCUGCACGAGAAGGAGCUCUGGAAGAAGUUCCACGAGGCGGGCACCGAGAUGAUCAUCACCAAGGCGGGCAGGAGAAUGUUCCCCAGCUACAAGGUGAAAGUCACAGGUAUGAACCCCAAGACCAAGUACAUCCUGCUGAUUGACAUCGUUCCUGCGGAUGACCAUCGCUACAAGUUCUGUGACAACAAAUGGAUGGUGGCAGGGAAGGCUGAACCAGCUAUGCCAGGGAGGCUGUAUGUCCACCCGGACUCUCCUGCCACGGGGGCCCACUGGAUGCGGCAGCUGGUCUCUUUCCAGAAGCUGAAGCUCACAAACAACCACCUAGACCCCUUCGGCCAUAUCAUUCUCAACUCCAUGCACAAGUACCAGCCGCGGCUACACAUUGUUAAGGCUGAUGAGAACAAUGCUUUUGGCUCCAAAAACACAGCCUUCUGUACCCACGUGUUCCCAGAGACCUCCUUCAUCUCUGUGACCUCCUACCAGAAUCACAAGAUCACGCAGCUGAAAAUUGAGAACAACCCUUUUGCCAAAGGAUUCCGGGGCAGUGAUGACAGUGACCUGCGUGUGGCCCGGCUGCAGAGCAAAGAAUAUCCUGUGAUUUCCAAAAGCAUCAUGAGGCAGAGGCUCGUCUCCCCCCAGCUGUCGGCCACGCCUGAUGUUGGCCCCUUGCUCGGCACCCACCAGGCGCUCCAGCACUACCAGCAUGAGAACGGGGCACACGCGCAGCUCACCGAGUCGCAAGACCUGCCCCUCGGCACCUUCCCCACCCAGAGGGACUCAAGCCUCUUCUAUCACUGCCUAAAAAGACGAGCAGACGGUGCCCGCCACCUGGACUUACCCUGCAAGCGGUCCUAUCUGGAAGCUCCCUCAUCGGUGGGGGAGGAUCACUAUUUCCGUUCUCCCCCUCCCUACGACCAACAGAUGCUGAGCCCCUCCUAUUGCAGUGAGGUGACCCCAAGAGAAGCCUGCAUGUACUCAGGUUCAGGGCCCGAGAUUGCCGGGGUGUCUGGGGUGGAUGACCUGCCGCCACCCCCGCUGAGCUGUAACAUGUGGACUUCAGUCUCACCGUACACCAGCUACAGCGUGCAGACAAUGGAGACUGUGCCAUACCAGCCCUUCCCCACGCACUUCACGGCCACCACCAUGAUGCCUCGGCUGCCCACCCUCACCGCUCAGAGCUCCCAGCCACCGGGAAAUGCCCACUUCAGUGUCUAUAAUCAGCUCUCACAGUCUCAGGUCCGAGAGCGGGGGCCCACCACCUCAUUCCCACGAGAGCGUGGCCUUCCCCCAGGGUGUGAGAGGAAGCCACCCUCUCCACACCUGAAUGCUGCCAAUGAGUUUCUCUACUCUCAGACCUUCUCCUUGUCCCGAGAAUCUUCCUUGCAGUAUCAUUCAGGAAUGGGGACUGUAGAGAACUGGACUGACGGAUGACUCCCAUGGCUCCUUGGCAGCUCUGGGACCGGGUUGCUCCAAUAUUAACCUCCGUGGGUGGCCUGCACCACCGAGAAACACAGGCAGGUAUU